AUGGAGGAGAUGGAGGAGAUGGAGGAGGAUGUUUUUAUAGGAAAGGCACUGCGUCAGAGCGAAAAGCCAUAUAAAUGGGCCAUGUACGGCGAAUGGGAACCCCUAAAAGAAUUCUACAAGAAGAAGCCAGAUGAAGUAGUCCGCCAAUUGUCAACGAACAACGACACUGUACUACAUGUCGUAGCCGUUGCCGGACACAACGAAGUGCUUCAGUUUUUGAUUGAUCUAAUAAAAGAGCCUAAUAAGUUAUUGUGUGCAUUUACAACCGGGAACAGCUAUGGCAAUACCAUUCUGCAUGAGAUGGCUGCGUCUGGAAAUCUGGAGGCCACAGUGAUCUUGAUGAGCGAGGAGAACAAAGUCAAGGAAAAGUAUCGUAGCUAUAAAAGUAUGCUAGAGAUUCAGAACAGCUUAGGAGAGACCCCACUCUACAGGGCUGCUGCUUUCGGUCACACAAACUUGGUCAAAUAUUUGGCUUCCCAAGUGAAGCUGCAGCCGCAGCAGCAGGAUAUAGAGCAGCAGGAUAUAGAGAAGCUGCAGGAGGAGGCUAUGGAGUACCACUUCAACAGAAACCAUGAUAACUUAUCCAUUCUUCAGAUCGCAGUCAUUAGCCAACAUUUUGCUGUGAAUUAA